GGGAAGAUGGGUAUGAUCCAUCUGGCAGUUCGAUUACAAGAUCGAACGAAUUGCUGGACUCAUAAACAAGGCUGAUGGGCUAAGUCAAGUCUGUAUCAUGCCCAAAGGGGUGGAAGAUGCAGAGCCCAUAGACGCGUCCUUCAAUACGAAGGAGGAGCCCUUGCGGUAGAUAAUAAAAUGAUGAGGGAAGGAUGCGUGUCGGGAGAAUUGUUGAUCCAAACCUUGGAAAAAGGGGCUCCUGCUGUAGUGGCGGAGCUUAGGGAAGGGCCGGUCACCAUCCGGGGACGCAAAGAGGAGAAGGAUUCGUGGGGGGCGAUAGUAGGUCCAAAGGAGGAACUGCUAGCGAUGGUCGUUGAGGGAGGCCGAGAAGCUGCGAUGAGCCUAGUGGAGUCCUGGGAACGGAGAGAGCUGCAGCUAAUGGUAAACCAGAUGCAGGAAAGGCAGGACAAUGGAACGGAGUUUGUGAACCAAGAAGUGUUGGGAAUACUUAAAAGACUCUGUGUACCUAUCAAACUCAUCGAGCCAUAUCACCCGGAGGCCAAUGCACCUGUGGAAAGGUGGCAUCGAAUCUUAAAGAACACAAUUGCGAAGCUCGCGGCAGGCAAUCUGGGGAGUUGGCCUAGGUAUCUUAAGCAGGCUGUCUUCUCGGAGAACAUGACACCUAAGAGGACAACGGGAUGUAUCCCAGCGAAACUUUGGUAUGAAAGAGAGAUCGACUUUCCCGAGGAGGCCUUGAUACCUACCUGGAACAAGUUCGAUGACGAUCCGCGUAUGACCAUAGAAGAAUUAAUUGAGGCAAGAUGUCAACAAGUCCUUAGGAACGAGGAGGUCAUGGAAGACAUCGCCAAUCGGGUACUAGACAGCGGGAUGAGGGACAAAGCAAGGUGGGACCAGGUUAAGAAUAUCCGAGAGGAGCCACUGCAGGUGCGAGAGACGGUAUUGGACCAGGAAAAAAACCUUAGAAAAGAAAAAAUGGAAUUCGACAAUGAAAAUGAUAGCGGGGCGAUCAACAGGCCUAGCGAAGGGGGAGGAGCGGGACCAAGCCGAGAGCGGAGGACUGCCAAGAGAAAGUUGUACAUAGGGUACAUGUCCAAACAUGUAGUGGGCAGGGGGGCAAGAAAACAAGUGUGUAGAGGGUCCUCGCCUCUCAGAAACGGGGAAGGGAUAUACAUCUCCUCAGGGAGUGAGAGCGAGGAAGAGAAAGCGGAUAUGGGAGAAAGGGUUCAGGCCUCUGCCGAAGGAAGGGCCGAGAGAUGCGAGCAGCAUGAGCCUUGGCAUGUGGAGAACGAGGGAAGGCAGGACAUGUGCGAUGGACGUGAAGAUGGGAAAGAAAGAGGGGAAAUCCCGCGUGAAGAGCAGAGCGGCCACGACAGUUGUGAGGGGAGAUGCCCGAAUUUUGAGGAAGGAUAUGGGAGGAGGACGGAAAUCCCUUAUAAUCUGGAUCCAAAGAAUUUCACGAGUGAGUUCAGCCCCGUACGGUCGGCAGAGGAUGAGGACGAGGAGGAGGAGGUACAAGAGAUCAUCGAGAUUAGUAGUGGCGACGAGAGGGAUGAGAUCUCAAAGCCCCGAGAAGAGAGGCGGCCACCUACGAACCAGCCACGUGAAGGGCCCUCCAGAUGGGAAGAUGAGUUUGGGCCAACGCCCAGUCACUGGUUUUAGUAGUGGCUUAGCGUAAUCAAGCACCAUUGGAUUA